GGAAGGAGUCCGAAGGGGGAAGCUGGGUAUUGACUGGGGAAUGACCGGGAGCUCCGUGGUGGCCGACAGGAAAAGAGCAAUCUGGGCAAAGAGGUGGAGGUGAGAGGCCACCAAGUCCAAGCAAGUCCAGGACGCGUCACAGGGUGCAGACCAGGAGGGCAGUUGCAGGAAUCUGUCUGGGUGAGAAACGACGAGGCAGGAGGAGCUCCGUGGCGUGGACAGGAGGGAGCUUCGGGCUGUAUGGGGGAGGCGAACGCAAUGGAGCUUGUGACUGAAUGACUCGCUGUAGGGGGAGGGGGAACGGGUCCCACUUGAGUAACAGGAGACCGUGAUGGAGACUGCAGAAGGAAGAAGAGAUCAGGGGAAAUGAGAAAUGCAGCGUGAGAAGCCCUGAGUCUGAGGUGCCUGCGGGACACCCACAGCACUGCAGGACACACGAUGCCCGAUACCCGAGUCUGGUGCUCAGCAAGGGGCUGCGCCGGACACAAAGGCUUCGGAGUCACUGGCGGAGAGAAGCCCAGGGGCGAGAAAGGGUGCCCAGAGAGUCCCAGCUGAGUUCCAAAUGACAAGAAGGGCCAGCCGUGCCGAGGGCCUGGAAGAGAAUCUUCUGGCGGCUGAUCCUACUUGCAGUUGGCUUCUCAGGGCUGCUCCUGUACGGGCUCCCUGCAGUCAGGUAUCUGGAAACCUUCAUCCCCAUGGGCACCUGCCCUUUGUCCAGAAUGUCCCUGCUGAGGGACAACUUCUCGGGUCUCCUGCGUCUCUGGGCCCGGCCGGAAGUCCUGACCUGUACCUCCUGGGGGGCCCCCAUUAUUUGGGAUGGCACUUUCGAUCCAGACACGGCCCAGCAAGAGGCUAUACAGCAGAACCUCACCAUCGGGCUGACUGUCUUUGCCGUAGGCAGGUACCUGGAGAAGUACCUGGCGCGCUUCCUGGAGACAGCCGAGCGGCACUUCAUGGUGGGCCAGCGUGUGGUCUACUACGUGUUCACUGAGCGCCCAGCCGCCGUGCCUCGCCUGCCGCUGGGCCCGGGCCGCCAGCUGCGCGUGGAGCGCGUGUCCCGCGAGCGGCGCUGGCAGGACGUGUCGAUGGAGCGCAUGCGCACGCUGCACGCGGCGCUGGGCGGCCGGCUGGGCCGCGAGGCGGACUUCGUGUUCUGCAUGGACGUGGACCAGUACUUCAGCGGCGCCUUCGGGCCCGAGGCGCUGGCCGACUCGGUGGCGCAGCUGCACGCCUGGCACUACCACUGGCCGCGGCCAAUGCUGCCCUACGAGCGCGACGCGCGCUCGGCCGCGGCACUGGCGUCGGGCGAGGGCGACUUCUACUACCACGGCGCCCUCUUUGGGGGCACAGUGGAGGCGGUGCGCGGGCUGACGGCGCACUGCGCGCGGGCCCAGGAGCAGGACCGCGUGCGCGGCCUGGAGGCGCGCUGGCACGACGAGAGCCACCUCAACAAGUACUUCUGGCUGUACAAGCCCGCCAAGGUGCUGUCGCCCGAGUUCUGCUGGAGCCUGGAGAUAGGCCGGCGGGCCGAGAUCCGCCACCCACGCCUGCUCUGGGCGCCCAAGGAGUACGAUCUGGUUCGCGACUAGGAGCCAGGGCCAAGCCUCGCCCCACCUGUGGGACGGACACCUUGGGCCCUGGGAGGAUGUGGAGUGGGCCAAGCAGCAAGGAGAGACCCUGAAGCCGUCGGGGAUCCUUCUGGAAGCAGUAUGGCACUCUGGAGGACAAGGAGAGACGGGACGAAAACAGCUCCGCCACCUCUUGCAUGUGAGAGGAGGCCGCCCUAGCCUUGGAGAGUUUUGUGCUGGUCCCAGCCUCUGAGCAAGGUAGUGGAUGGACCUGCGCAUGCUGUUCUUUCGUGAUUGCAAGAUGCCCUUCAGCAAAAACCAUCAGGACACUGAAGAGAAUAAAGAUUCAUUACUUACGGGACCCAGAAAUUAUACAGCACACCUGGGGCCACGCGGCAAGGUCUCGGUGGAGAGAGAGGGUGGGCCUGGGGUUCUGCUUUUAUUGGGAUCCAAGGUAGGGUUCAGGGUUUCGUGGACUCUUUUGGUGAAUUCAAAAUAUGAGAGCAGAAAUGUAAAGCUCAGGAAGAGAAAAAAACAGGUGGCCAAAGGUGGCUAGUUACUGUAAUCAACCAAGAUCUCUAAAACAAAAGAUCCUCAGUGGCGGGUGGCCUGAUUCUCUGUGGUAGGGAGACUGGCAAUGUAUUUAUUGGAGUGAAUUUGUGGGCAAUCGAAGCUUAAAUCAGGCACUACAAAAAGGAAAAAAAAACCUCUCAGGCAGGGAGCUUCUCACUUGUAAGAUCUCCUUUUCCUCAUUUUCCACGGGGGCUGAUGCAUAUAGACCAUUCUCCUCUGACCCUCCUGACUUCAGGGGAUGCCUCCUGAGGAGACGGUUUAGCAGUCGCACCCUCCCCCUUUUCAGGAGGAGACUGAGGCACAAAAAGGGAACGUAACUGCCUGAAGCCACAGAAUCGACAUGUGAGGUCAGCUGCUCAGACCAAAUAAAACUGCCAGGAGGCAUGAGCCACAGAGGGAGCAACACUUGUGGCGUCCAGCCCCUUGGCUUUGACUUUCACCUCCCCCGCCCUCAAGCAUAGCUUGAACAUAUUUAAGUUGUAUUAUUGUGGAUGGAAAGGGGCUGUGCAAUAAGCAGCGGGGCCCAUGGCAGGCCGGACAAGCUGAGCAACCACGUAAAUUCCUAGCCGGCAGUCCCUGGUGGGUAGUCCCAUCCCAGGCCUAUGGCUUCUUUAGCAAAGUCAGUCUUGACCUCCCGUGAGCCCUGUCCACUGCUCUUCCGCAUCUAGGAUACCUACCUUUGGGAUGUCGAGCACGUUUCGUUUCUGUUCCCCUCAAAGGCACACCCGCGUGCACCGAGCACAGGCCCCACCAGAAGCCCUGUGUCAUCUCGUUCCCCGCACACCACCUCCCUGUGCUAUCCGUGUUCAUUACUAACUGUCCUGUGCCCCCCGAUGUGAAAUUCUGUGUUCCCCACUUUGCUUUUUAUCCGGUCCUGGGGAUUUCCCCACCUUGCUUUCUCCCACCUCCCUAAUCUUCCACCAAUGGACUGCAUGCACCCUCCUUACAUUUUUUCCCUUUGAUUCUAAAUGUGUAAAAGGAACCGAAAAACUGCCUUUCUUCAGAGUAGUUCCUCAAUCUUCUGAGAUUUUGCUUCCAGGCAUGUCUUUAAAAUUUGGCUCAAAUAAACCCUUGUAAGACUUUUCUAUAGACCGGGAGUUCUGUUGGCAUUAUAAUAAAAUUAUUUCAAACAUG